AUGCCUGUCCGAGGAGGAACCAUCAUCAACAUCUCCGGGAACACACCCGUCGAUGAUCCUACCUACCGCUACAAGAUGCCUGCAGUCUUUGGAAAGAUUGAAGGCUCUGGAAACGGUAUCAAGACUGCAAUUCCAAACAUUUCGGAUGUCGCCCUGAGUCUUCACAGAGCACCUGGAGAAGUUAACAAGUUCUUUGGUUGCGAAUUAGGAGCCCAAACUACUUAUAACGAAGACACUGACCGUGCCAUUGUCAAUGGAGCCCACAAUGACGCUGUCUUGCAAAAGCUGAUUCAUCGUUACGUUGAAGGUUUUGUCUUGUGCCCCAACUGUGGUCUUCCUGAGACUGAUUACAAGAUUAAGAAUGCUAUCAUCUGGCAUAAGUGUGCUGCCUGUGGAGCCAAGGAAAUGGUCGACCAAGGACACAAGUUAUGCAACUACAUUCUUGCUCAAGACAAGAAAAAUAAGAAGGACAAGAAGGGUAAAGAUAAAAAGGACAAGAAGAAUAAGGGCAAGGGCAAGGAUGACAGUGAUGAAGAAAAGAAGAAGAGCAAGAAGGAUAAGAAAAAGGAUAAAAAGAAGGACAAGAAAAAGGAUAAAAAGGGUGAUGCCGAUCUCGAUGACGACGAUGAUGACGAUGAUAAAGCAUACCUCAAGGAGGCCAUCUUUGGAAAGAAGGAGGAUGACCCCAAUUUCAUUCCCUCUGACGACGAAGAAACGUCUGUUGCUUCAGAAGCCGGUGUCGAUGAUGAAGGUGCUAUGCAACUUGCCAUUGAUGGAACCAAAAAAUACUUGGCCGACAAUCCAGAUGCUUCUGCUGGAGAUAUCGUUGAACUUGUCACCAACCAGCAGAUGGCAUCUGCCCUAAAGGCUCACGAUAAGAUUCAGAUCCUCGCCCGUGCCGCCAUUACUCCUCAAUUCUUCAAGGAGAAGCAAAUUGAAAAGUACGGAGGAGCCAUGGAGGCCAUUGCCAACGGCAACACCAUUAUUGAACGUCACUUGAUUGCUGCUCUCGAACUCUUGUGCAUUGAAAAGCCCAAGAACUUUGCUGUUAUGCUCAAGCAAUGCUACGAUGAAGAUGUUCUUCAAGAGGAAACCAUUUUGGAAUGGGCUGACCAAGGUCGUUCCGAGUACACCUUGGAAAAGGUUGACGAGGAGACUCGCGCAGCUCUUCGUGGAGAGGCCGAGCCAGUCAUUGUCUGGUUGCAAGAAGCUGACAGUGAUGAUAGCGAUAGCGAUUAA